CAGUGGCCGCCAGGGGGCGGUGGAGCUUCCACCCGAACCUCUGAGGGGAGUGGACGCUCUUCAUACCGGAAGACGUUUCUCUUUGGUCAAAGCAACAUGGUUUCCCCCUGGAACAGCAAUGUGAAUAUGAACAAGCGGCUCACCUCUGGCACGACAAGUACUGUCAUAUUAUCUGAAAUACAGCAGUCACAGUAACCAAAGCUCAAUGGCGUCCAGGUUGUGCUCGCGGUUCUUAAGAGACUCCGCCGUCCUCUCCAGACUGGUCGUCGGGUCUGCUCGACAGGACAGUGCGUCAUGGUCUCUCACAGCGGGAAACGCUGCCUGCAGCAGAGGAUGGAGGAAUGGCUUUAUCUUCACUCCGGCUUGUUUUAUUACAUCAGAGGCAUUUCUCAACAGACUGAUGAAAGGCAAAGCAGCAGAGGCAGACGGCAGUUUGUAUCGCCAUCCAGCGUCAGUUCCGCCAGACGACGGUGAACAAUUAUCCUUGUUACUGAGACAUCCAGAUCAGCCGGACAACUCAAAGGUUUUGAAAGUGGCCCUAAUAGGUGCCCCGAAUGCUGGGAAGUCCACAUUGUCCAAUCAGCUCCUUGGAAAAAAGGUGUUUGCUGUGUCCAAGAAAGUGCACACUACGCGCUCACGUGCCCUGGGCGUCCUCACAGAGGAGAACACACAGAUAAUUUUGCUGGACACUCCUGGUUUCACCACGGCAUCAAAGGUCAAAAGACACAAGCUAGAGAAGACAUUGCUCUUGGAUCCUUGGAGCACGGUCAAAGAAGCUGACAUGGUGGUCGUCUUGGUGGAUGUGUCGGACAGAUGGAUGUGCAGAAGGCUUGACUUCGAAGUGCUCAAAUGCCUGGCCCAGCACCCUAAUGUCCCCGCAGUCCUGGUGCUCAAUAAGGUAGACCUGCUUAAGGCUAAGGACAGGCUGCUGGACUUAACAGCAGAGUUGACAUGUGGAGUGGUGAACGGACGCAAAUUGCGGGUCAGGCCAGUGAUCAAGCCUCCGUGGGCUGAGAAGAGGGCAAAGAGGGACCCGGAGUCAUCGGCUCACGAGGACAACACGGGGCCCGAGGGCGAUGCUGAUCCCGACUCUGGGCUGAGCACAGAGCAGCUGAAGGCGGUGAAGAGCGAGCAGGGCUGGCCUCACUUCAAGGAAGUCUUCAUGCUCUCCUCUCUGGACAAAGAGGACGUGGAGACGCUGAAGAGCUACUUAAUGGUUGCAGCCAAGCCAGGGUUGUGGCACUACCACAGUGAAGUCCUGACAGACCAGACUCCCGAGCAGGUGUGCACCAACAUCAUCCGAGAGAAGCUUCUGGAGUAUCUGCCCCUGGAAGUGCCCUAUUCAAUCACACAGCUUGUUGAGCAUUGGCAUGAUGGAGAAAAUGGCGAUCUCCAAAUAUCUGUGAAACUUUAUGUCAACAAAGAGUCUCACAUGAACAUGGCGAUAGGCAGAGCCGGCCAGAUGGUGGCGCGUAUGGCCAAAGAGGCGGCUGAGGACCUGAGUGACAUCUUCCUGAGGGAAGUGAAGCUGAAUCUGACAUUCAAGCUGAAGAAGUGAAAAGGCUGGAAGGACUUCAAUGGAAACUGCUUCUGCCGCAUUCAAGAUGACUCAUUUGGUAUUUUUCUCUGGCAGACCUGAAGAGUGGACCUCAUCAUGAGUCAGACGGGGAACUGAGAGGAGUUGCGUGCAUCCAAAGUCCCCGAGCUCCCAUUGAGAUGAGCCUGUUUGAAGGAAAGAAAGUGUACUCUAAAUGCUGACUUUUGCAUCUUCAUGCAUCAGCAGAAAUCCUUUCAUGCAGUCUCAGAAGACGUUAUUAAAGAUGUUUAAGUAUG